AUGCCGCUUUGGUCAAGGGUAUUCGGCUCAUGCCAGAUUUAUCGACUACUUCAAGUUGUGACGAGUAAAGACCAUAGGCCAGAUCCUCCAGAAACCUGCGAAGCACCCAUUCGUGAAAACUCGGUAUGUGGUCUCAAGGGCUUACUUGAUAGCCAACCUCGUAGUCGACUCAAGCAGGCCAUGCAGAAAUUUGCGAAACGCGCCACCAAGAAUCUUUCUAAACCAUUCAAGUCUUCCUGCAACCGCAUUCCUGCGAACCAGAAGGUAGUCCUUGAAGAUGCUUCAACCACUGUUGUCCAGAACAUCGAAAUGGAAGGGGCUUCAUCAAGUCAGAAACUCGAUUCAUCCAACAACAACAAGCAUCCCACCACAUCUGAGAUUCUCAGUGACUCCGUGAACCAAGGGUUGUCCGGAGAGCCUGCUUCCCAGGUUGCUCCUUCUCGCAAGGAGGAAGGGUUUGAUCCCCAAUUAGUCGAUGCUGAACUUCAAGGUGCCUGUGAUAAUACACAACGAAUGAGAUUACUCGGGAAACAUGCGACUUCUAUGGCAUCCACUGCCAGCAAUGUCCCAGUGGAUCUUGCUGCUGCAGAAGAUUUUGAGACAACGUAUCUCCAACCUCUAAAGAUUAUCAAUGGUGUCCUUGAGAAGAUUGCGGAUGUAUGGGCUAUUCUUGUCUAUUGGACACGAACUAAUCAAGUCAUACAGAUGCAUCCAUACACAAAGAUGGCGCUGGGUGUGCUGUCUGCCGCAUCCAAAAUUAUAGUCGCUCAAGCAGAGCGUGACAAAUCGAUCAAAAGUCUUCUCGAGCAAUUGGCUGAAGUUUAUCACUUCAUGACUCUAGAUGACAGUCUUAGCAAGAUUGAAUCGAUGUGUGGCGUCAUCAGUAAGAUUGCUCAGCAGACUCUGGAGUGCGCCUGUUUCAUCAGGGAAUACUCGGAGAUGAAGAGCUUCUGGAAGAGAAUCAGUAAAAAUGUCAUUGCAGAAACGGAUGAUAUCAUCACACAGUACAAUGAUGCCUUGGAUGGCCUUAUGCAACAAUUUUGCGACCGAACGGAUCGGGACAUAGCUAUCUUUGUCCAGUUUGCGGGUGAAACACUGGAUCUCAACGGCAUGACUUAUGCAGCAGGAGUGGGACUAAAUACCAUGAAACAGUGCCUACCAGGGACGCGCAAGGAGAUUCUUUCCCAGAUUACGGAUUGGAUCAACGACAGUGGAGAUGCUGCUAAACAUGUGAUGUGGCUAUCUGGCCCUGCAGGCAAGGGCAAAUCAGCCAUCGUGCACACGAUUGCCAACUGGUUUGAGGAAACAGGAGGCCUUGGUUCAUGUUAUUGUUUCUAUUGCCAUAGAGAAGCAGACUGUCGCCAUGAAAAGAUUUUCUCCACCAUUGCGCGCGAUCUUGCUGAUCAUGAUCCAGGGAUGAAACGAGUGUUAGCAAAUGCAGUCAAGAACAUGACCUCACUCAAGAAUACGACAGACAUUGUCCAGCAGUGGUGCAAGCUUCUGAUGGAAACACUGAAGAAGUUCCCUGGGUCAAGCGUGGGGCCUGUGUUGAUCGUGAUUGAUGUGCUGGAUGAGAGCGGCAGAGUAGAGACGUGGCAGGACCUUCUCCGCAUACUUGCGGGUAAACUUCAGAACACAGGACUUCCCCAAAUCACGGAACUCCCUUCCAACUUUCGUAUUCUCGUCACCUCUCACUCGCUUCCCAACAUCAAAAAGGGGUUUGAAGGUGCUGGUCAUAUCCUACGGUUGUCCAUGGACGAUAUCCGACCAGAAGCCGCGGAGUGCGACAUUCACGCCUUCGUAUCUGAGCAGCUGAAAGAGCUAUUGGAAUUUCAGGACGACCAUCUUGCAACACUUGCUGCGAACUCCAACAGACUUUUUGAGUGGGUGUGUCUCACAUGCAAAUACAUCAAGGAACCUGAGUUCGGUUCAUCUUCAAUGGACCGCUUCAAUGCUGUCAUGAACCGCAAUCCGGGGGAGUGGAAGAACUUGUUGUAUGAUAUGUAUGGGUUCAUUUUAACAGAAAUGAUGCCAAAGGAUAAGAAUACACCAGCCCACAAGCAAGCAAUGGCGAAAUUCUGUUCCGUGAUGGGACAAAUACUUGCCACAACCGAACCUCUCCCUUUAGUUUCAUUGAAUGCUAUGCAGCACCAUUUUCCAGAGGAUCACAACCAUUACGAAGUAGAACUAGUGAUCAAACACAUGGGAUCCCUCCUCAGCGGCACCACCAACUCAUAUACCCCCAUCCGACCCUUCAUCGGAGACUUCUUCGUCGAGAGAACAAAGGGCCAACAAUGCAACCUUGCAUUCGCAUCACUACGAGUGAUGAAAGAUGGCCUUGGCUUCAACAUCUGUGAUUUGAAGUUGUUGUACCUCCCUAAUUCCCAAGUCACAGGGCUAUCUGAACGAGUCAAAACAUCCAUUCCCCCACAUCUGUCCUUUUCCUGUCGAUAUUGGGCUACGCAUGUCCAGACAACAGACUUUGAUGAUGAGCUCACAAAGGAAAUAAGAUCACUGUUCAACGAGAAGCGACUGAUGUUCUGGAUCGAAGCACUCGGACUUCUCGAUGCAAUCAGCGACACAAUCACCAUGCUUCCACUCGUUGCCAAGUGGCUGAAGGGCCAUUCUGGAUAUGAAGAUGUGCAGUCGGCCACAAUGGACGUACAAAGAUUCAUGCAAGUGUUUGGCAGGAUGAUUUUGCACAGCACACCCCAUCUGUAUUUAUCAGCACUCCCAUUCUCGCUGGUCAACUGUACCAUUGCUACCAAAUUUAUGGCUAGGUUUUCAAAUGUCCUUCUGUUGCGAUCGGGAGAGACGGGAGCAUCGGACUAGGAACAAGGGGUACGAGCGUAUUCGACGUACCUGGCUAUGACAUCGGCCGAGCCUCGCGUUUUCGUAUGUUUCACAAUGAUAUCUUUUCUAUCC